CUCCGGGGAAGGAUUUUCUUGCAGGAACCGCAAACCGCAGCAAACUUGUCUCUGGCGCAAGCAACAUUCCUAAGAAACGAGACGCGAGGAUGUGUCGAUUUCCAACGUGCCAGGAAUUCUGACCGCCUGGGAAACACCUGUCACCAGGGAGGGGAGAGCAGAGAUCUCCCCGGAGCAGCACGACUUUAGCCAGAGUUAGCGAUUUCCAAAGGGAUCCCAGCAUGAGCAAGCCGGCAGGAUCAACAAGUCGUAUUUUAGAUAUCCCUUGUAAAGUGUGUGGGGACCGCAGCUCCGGCAAGCACUAUGGGGUUUACGCCUGCGAUGGAUGCUCGGGAUUUUUCAAACGGAGCAUCAGGAGGAAUCGGACGUACGUCUGCAAAUCUGGAAAUCAGGGCGGUUGCCCCGUGGAUAAGACGCACAGGAACCAAUGCAGGGCGUGCCGCCUGAAGAAGUGCUUGGAAGUGAACAUGAACAAAGACGCUGUGCAACAUGAAAGAGGACCAAGAACAUCCACAAUAAGGAAGCAAGUAGCACUGUAUUUCAGAGGCCACAAGGAAGAGAAUGGAGCGACACCCCACUUUCCUUCUGCAGCGUUACCAGCUCCAGCCUUCUUUACUGCUGUCACACAGCUGGAGCCUCACAAUCUGGAACUGGCUGCUGUAUCUACUACCCCCGAAAGGCAGACAUUGGUGGGACUGGCACAACCAACUCCAAAGUACCCCCACGAAGUCAAUGGUACCCCUAUGUAUCUCUAUGAAGUGGCCACAGAAUCUGUUUGUGAAUCAGCUGCCAGGCUUCUCUUUAUGAGUAUCAAAUGGGCCAAGAGUGUUCCCGCCUUUUCCACUCUGUCAUUACAAGAUCAGCUGAUGCUUUUGGAAGAUGCUUGGAGAGAACUGUUUGUUCUAGGAAUAGCACAAUGGGCCAUUCCAGUUGACGCUAACACUCUACUGGCUGUAUCUGGCAUGAAUGGUGACAAUACAGAUUCUCAGAAGCUGAAUAAAAUUAUUUCAGAAAUACAGGCUUUACAGGAGGUUGUGGCUAGAUUUAGACAACUUCGGCUAGAUGCUACUGAAUUUGCCUGUCUCAAAUGCAUUGUCACUUUUAAAGCUGUACCUACACACAGUGGUUCUGAACUGAGAAGUUUUCGAAAUGCUGCGGCCAUUGCAGCUCUUCAAGACGAAGCUCAACUCACUCUGAACAGUUACAUUCACACCAGGUACCCCACACAACCCUGCCGUUUUGGAAAACUCUUAUUGCUUUUGCCAGCUUUACGUUCAAUUAGUCCAUCUACAAUAGAAGAAGUAUUUUUCAAAAAGACCAUUGGGAAUGUGCCAAUUACAAGACUGCUUUCAGAUAUGUACAAAUCCAGUGACAUAUAAAACACCUUAAAAUAAACAAUCAAGAUGGACGGACAGACAGUUUGAUAAGAACUUUUAUCCAUGGAGAAUAAGCCUCAACUAACAAAAUCUACAGGAAGCAUAAGCCUGGGAAUGGUUUAACUUUUAAAUUCAUUGAGAAUUUUUUAAAAAAAAUCCCAUUAGAUAUGAUUUUGCUCCUUGAACAGAAUGAUUUAGAGCAUGGAUAGAAUGUUUUGCUCUACAGAAAAACUGAAUUGACUGGAAUGUGACUGUUUUUCCUGUUUCUACAGGGUGGUGGCAAUUAAUUUGUCAAUCAUAACUAAGAAAGACUCUGCUAGUCUAUCAUUUAACUGGCAGAUCUGAGAUAUAAAGAAAAAUAAGGUACUUUAGUUCUUUCAUUUGGAACACUGGGUAACCAACCACUGUGUUGUUAUAAUGUGUCGAGGUGCCCUUAGAUCUGUUUAAAAGUAGCUUAUGUUGGUGAAUAUAUUCAUAAUGUUAUAGACAACAUUUAAAUCCAGGUUACCAAAACUCUGCUUCUGUUGUAAUACAUCAUAAAGUGGCCUUCGGAACUGAUUUUAAAAGUAGCAUAUGCUGACAGUUACAUUUUGGAUUAAACAGGCUAGGCCUCCCUGUAAAAUAAACUGGUGAACUUUAAUGCAAAUAUCACCGGAAUUUCAAUGUGGUUAACAUCUCAAAAGACGGAAGAGCUUUACAUAGAACACAAACAAAUAUACAGCAAGUAAGAAAGACUAAAACAGCAAAACCAAAUAAAAUGGAUGAUUGAUUCAGUGAGCCGAUCGCUGUCCCAUUGACAUAGUGCUGAAACCAAAGGCAAUGGUGGCCAAACUCUUUGUCAAUGAGGUGUACAGAAAGAUGAAAUAACUUUUUAAAAAAGCGGAAAGAACUUAAUUAUGAAGAAAUAAAGAUGGUCAAUUGAUACAAUGCUAAUAGUCUCCAAGACUGUCCAAUGCCUUUUUUUAAAAAGAAAACUCCAGGUUUUAAUUACAGCUUUGAUUUCUCUCUCACACACACAUUAUAAGCUGCUUAUUUGAUAUGACUAUACUUACGAAAAAUGUAGAAAAAACAUUUAAAGAUAGCUGCUGUACUUUUCAAAUUUUGAUUUGUUUAGGAACUAGCACUGAGAAAAAUCAGCACUUGGACUAUCAUAGAAUGAGUAAAACUUUUCUUGUACAAAGUGGAUUAACUGAUUUGUGAAGUUAAAAAGUUGUACUCAUUGUAUUUACAAAGAAUAAAAAUAUAUUGAAUUUAAAUGAUCCUUUGUUUUUGUUUUUUCAUUUCUCCCCCUCAGUUUCUGGAUUAGUUUCCUACAGGUAAAACUGUACACUGCUUAUCAGAAAACAGAAAUAUUCUUCAGAUAUAUCCAUCAACUACAAGGUUUCUGAAGCAGCUGGUACAGACCCCUUUUAGAGACAGAGUUCUGGACUUGAUGGAUCAUAGGUAUAAGCUAGCUGGGCAAUUGUUAUGUUUCUUUGUUAAAAUGAUUGUUAUUAGUUAACCAGCGAUGCAGCUAACAAGGCACUGUUGGUGAGAUGGGAGGGAAGAAUACUUUUUUCCCAAUUAAAAUUACUCUUUUUAGGU